UACCAUGCCGAGCGCCUCCAUGGGGUUUGCCAAAUUAGCUAGUCGGCGCCCCAAUACGUCGAGAACCCUAAUGGCGUGCUCUUCUAGAAGAUCCAACUCCGCCGUUCCACCGGUUUCGAGGCCCCUCCUACGAUCCGCAUCUCCCGCUGCGGUUGCAGGCGCCGCCCCCUUCUCUUCCUCCUACCGCUCCUCUGCCUCUUCUCCCUUCGCUUCCUCUUCCUCCGCCAACUCGUCCACCUUCUUCCAUCACCGCUCCGCCUCGCCUACCCGCGUCUACCUCGUCGGAUCCACGCCUUCCCCCAGAACCCCGUCCGUCCACUUCUCCCUCGAUCGAUCUACUUCCCCAGGCCGUUCCCUCGCCGUCGUCGACCGGCGCCGUCCCGCCUCCGCCUCGGCCGCCGCACCUGCCCGUCGCACCUGCAUGUGCUCUCCCACCACCCACCCCGGCUCCUUCCGCUGCAGCCUCCACAAGGGCCUCCGCUUUCCCCCUCACCACAACCAACACGCCGCUUCUUCGUCGCCGUCGAACCGCCUCAACGCCCGCCGUUCCGCGAUGACCAACUCGCUGGUCCGAAUCGGAGCCGUGGAGGGCGAGUGGGUGAAGCGCGCUCUUGCCUCCCUCAUCCGUCCGUCCUCGCACCAGCAGCGCCGGCGGGCCGACUUCCGUCCGCGUCUCAGUCGCCUCUCCGUCAUGUCCAGGGCCGACGAUGUCUAGAUCUCCGCCGUCUCAUCCGCCGAUCUCGAAGCAGGUUUGUUCGAAGAUAAUAAAAAAAAAUCAGUGCUGCUGUUAUUCGCUUGCAGCCAUCAGACUCCGAUCGAAAGCUCGAUCGGCGUUCGGUUUUUUUUUUUUUCGAAUUUUUGGACAUGAAGAAAGCACUGGGACGAAGAUGAGAUCACGUCCGGCCAUGUACAGAAUCAAUUUUGAUGCGAAAAACUGCUGAACGGAGAACUGAGAACAACACCAACGACAGUACAGAAACAGAUGAAAUCGAUGUCACAAAUUUAUGAAUCUGUUGAAACGAAACCAUUAACACAA